CAAAAACCAGACCUCUCUUUUUUCAGGCACCCAAAACCUCUCCUUUCCAAACAAUUCUCUCUCUCUCUCUCUACACAGCUCCAUCUCUCUCUAGCUACUCUCUGAAACACUUGUUCGCCAUAAUUCCACUUUAAUUUCGUCCCUCACUGAAAAAAUUGAGAAAUUUUUUGAUGUCUAUACCUAAAGAGCAUGACUACAUAGGGUUAUCGGAGCCGCUGCCGUCGGAGAAAAGCUCCGAUAAAAUUACGGCGGCGGCGGCCUCGAAUGUGGGGAGAAAUGGUGUUUUCAGCCUAAAAGAGACCGAGCUCCGGCUGGGAUUGCCGGGGUCGGAAGCGCCGGAGAGGAAGGGCGGAAUCGGAAUCGGAAUUGGAAUUGGAAUUGGAAUUGGGGGUUCCCUGUGCGUGAAAAGCGGCGCGAAGAGGGGAUUCUCCGAUGCUAUAAAUGGCGCUGGGAAAUGGGGAUUGUCGAUUAAUGGCGGAUCUGAGGUUGAUUUGGGGGAAAAAGGUGGUUUGAAUGGGAGCUCUGUGAAGCAGGAGAUUCCGCCUGUUGAGGAGAGGAAGAAUGAAGCUGCUGCUAACACUGCCCCUGCUUCAAAGGCACAAGUAGUAGGAUGGCCACCAAUUCGAUCAUUCCGGAAGAACUCCCUAGCCACGAAUACACCGAAGAAGGAAGAUGUUGGUGGGAAGUCGGGGACGGGGACGGGCUGCCUGUACGUUAAGGUCAGCAUGGAUGGUGCUCCGUACUUGAGGAAGAUCGAUCUCAAGACUUACUGCAGCUACACGGAGAUUUCGUCUGCUCUAGAGAAGAUGUUCAGCUGUUUCACCAUAGGACAAUGCGGGCAGGGGCUAGCAGCGAAAGAGCAUAUCAGCGAGAGCCACUUGAUGGAUCUGCUCCACGGCUCUGAAUACGUGCUGACUUAUGAAGAUAAGGACGGGGAUUGGAUGCUCGUUGGAGAUGUUCCGUGGGAGAUGUUCACGGAUUCGUGCAGGAGGCUGAGGAUCAUGAAAGGCUCGGAUGCCAUCGGGUUAGCUCCAAGAACCAUGCAGAAGUGCAAGAGUCAAAAUUAGGGCAGAGAAGCAAUGAGGAAAAACUGAAAAUAUCGGAUUUUCUAAGGGUUUUCUCUCUUCCCUUUCUUUCUGCUUUAACCUUAUUAGUAGAUUUGUAAUGGAAGUGCUGCAGACUAUAAUAUUUUGCCACUAAUGUGUCUUUUUUCCAAAAUUGUAUGUAUAAAUUAAGUUCUCUUAAAUCCCAAGUGUUGGUCUUACUGAUUUUAUCUUA